AUGUUCUACUUGUUGAUGGUCUACCAAGAACGAGAAGGCCACUGCCGAGUCCCGACUAGUCAUUUGGAAGCGGGUCGGAAACUAGGCCUGUGGCUGGCCCGGCAACGGGAAGUUUUUAAAUCGGGAAAGAUGGAUCCGACCUACAGUAGUCGUCUGGAAGAGGUGGGUGUGGUAUGGAAUCCAGGUGCCUGGCUAUGGGACGCACAUUUUGACGCUCUAGUAGAAUUUAAAAAGAGCGAAGGACAUUGCGAUGUUCCUCAAUUCCAUCAAGAAAAGGGGGAAUAUCUUGGUACCUGGUUGAACAAGCAGCGACAGGAUUAUAGGCGUGGGAAAUUGCCAAAAGAGCGAGCUAAACGACUGGAGGAACUGGGUGUGGCAUGGAGUGCUUUUGGAAAGCGAUGGGAGCAAAUGCUAGAUUUACUGGUUCAAUUUAAAGAGCGGGAGGGGCAUUGUAUGGUUCCUGUCGACCACCGAGAAGAUGGAAAGAACCUUGGUGCUUGGGUGUCCACCCAGCGAAAAGCGUGGAGGUCCAAGACACUAGAUGCUGACCGACAAGAUAUGUUGGAUAGCAUUGGAAUGAUAUGGAGCGUUCAAGAAGCUCAGUGGGAAAGCAUGUUUGCUCUAAUAGAAAAAUACGUGGAACGAGAACAGAAUACCGAGAUCCCAUUGACGCAUGUGGAACAAGGGAAAAACCUUGGCCAUUGGAUUGCCAAACAAAAACAAUUGUAUAGAAACGGCAAAUUAGAAGGUGACCGCCAACAACGCUUAUUAGAAGUUGGUGUGUUGGAAUAG